AUGAAGUGCACUAUUGUGGCUACCGUCCUCCUUGGCCUCUUCCUGGCUCCAGCCCUUGGAGUUUUUGUUGGGCAGCAAACCGGGCAGGAGGUGUUCCCCGGGCAGGAUGUGUUCCCCGGAAAGCCGGUGUUCCCCGGGCAGGACUACCCUCAGAACCCCAACCUGAACCAGCAAACCACCAUUGUUGUGGGCAGCCAGGUUCUGAUCCUCAACAGGCAAUGGCGCGUGGCCAUCAUUGAGAAGAAGAGCCCCCAGGGGUCCUGGAAAACCAUUUGGAACUACAGGACGGGCGUGAUUGCCACCAAAGUGUCCUCCGAGAGAGUUUGCUACAUUUCCAUCAUGAACAGGAGCCUGAUGCCCACCUUUGAUGCUCUGCCCAGACUGGCUGAACAGAACAGGCUGCAGGGAGUGAAAGGACAACCUGCACAGGACAUCAUCUACGUCAUCAAGAGACCUAUCCUCAACCUCCAGUCUUACGGACCAGAGGUGGUCGCUAUGUGCACAGGACUCACAACCUAUGAGACUUAUGAAGUUCGGGGACCCCAAUACACUGUCAACCAGGGAUCAUGCACCAGGCUCGAUGUCCUGCACCUGCUGGACCUUUUCUACUGCCGUGCCAACAACAAGGUCUAA